UCCCACUCGCUGCAGUCCCUUUCGAUCGAAAUUCCGGUUAGCAAGACCAGCUAAAAAAUACAAUCCGACACCCCUAAAAAAGUUAAGUAAAUUAAAAAAUAGAAAAAGCACCAAAUCCAGAGAGGAGAAAAUUACGAGGAGCAUCAAGAUGAAUCCGUUUCGGCCACGUCACAGUGCAAAUCAUCGCGAUCACCUGGAUUUGGAUUUGAACCUGGACCGCUCGAUGGAACGGCGGCGGUUGCGCAUCGCCCAACUGCCGGCGAUUCGAUUGCGUCCCGUCCAUCAGCCGGAUGUGGAGCGCUUUAUGCUCAACAUGCGAGUCCUGCUGCAGCGGCACAGGAACUACUUUGACCUGGGCGCCGGCGAUGGGCUCUACGUGUGGAACUGGCGGGAGCACCCGAUGGCCACCGGCCAAAUGGGAGAGGGCGAUGGCGAUGGCUACGGCGACAAUGUGGUGGCACUACCACGCACGGCCUAGGAAUCAGUGUGUGCCUCCUGUGUCUGGUGUCCGUUUUUUAUUUCGUUCCCGAAGCAUCCAUCCGCUGAACAUCCCACACACCGCAACCCAAGCCAUCCAAACCAGAACCAAAAACACGAACCCUGCCCAGACGCAAGUUGUGCUAUUAUUAUAUGCCAUCCCAUUCCCCAAAGAAGUGCAGGGGGAUUUGGGGAUCGGAUCGGAGGACACGCCGUGGCGCACGUAUAUAAUAAUUUCCUGUUCAAUGAGCAAUUACCGUAAUAAAGAUACAACUCGGCUACUCCA